AGUGCUUGUUAGUAAAGAUAUUAUGUGCUGUCCACACGAAAAUCAGGGAAAUCUAAUUAAAAAGUUUAAGAAGUCCAACUUUUUUUCAUACGAUUCCAGUAACUUAACUGUUUCUCUUUAUAACUCGCUUCAUACAUUUUAGCAUAUUAGAAGACCCACCCUAAAAGAUAAACCUAGUUACGCAAAUGAUGGCAAUCUGUUCACGCACAACGAAAUGCAGGAUUGCGCAUGCCCCAAGCGUUGCAAUGAAAACAGAAGCCACAGAAUGAGUUCCAAAAAUAAUUCCUCUGUUUUCCACACCCGCUGCAGGCAUUAGAUUUCCCGCUGUAAACCAAGGCUCGUUGGUUCUAACCGGCAGAUGAAUGAAAAUAAACACUCACCGAUGAAUUUCACUGAUUCAGAUAAGCGAAUGUGAAAAUCGUUUAAUAACGUCACUCGUCAUCCAAUUUUCACCGCAUAGGGCUGUGUGUAGAAAAGUUUUCCUGUCGCCAUUUUUGCUGCUUCGAACAAAUGGAAAUUUACAAGAAAGAUGGAUUUUUCCAAAAGUUCUGUGAAACUUCACGUAAAAACAUAAACCAGAACGUGUUCAAUGAUUUCGCUCAAUUGGACAGUGACGAGAAGCGAUUCGGAUUCAUAAAUUCGCUGAAAUCAGUCGUGGCGGAGCUUAAGUUGGCACGUGAGUUUAAUGGCAAAAAUUUGGAUCAAUCGUUGAAUUUCAAAAAUCUUGGAAACAAGGCGUUUCAAAGGGAAAGCUGGAAUGAGGCAUUGGCCUAUUACAAUAUGUGCUACAUGGCUACUCCCGAUUCAAAUGAACAGGGAAAAGCCAUAAUAUUUGCAAACCGGUCUGCUGCACUGUACCAUUUAGAAAAAUACGAUCUUGCCCUAAAAGACAUUCAACGGGCUAUCAGUCACCAUUACCCGAAAGAAAUGAUGUAUAAACUAAAGGAACGCCAGGCACGCUGUUUUCUCGGUAAAAAGGAUCAUGUGAGUGCACUCAAGUGCUUUAAAGAAACCGUACAAGCUCUGGAUGACUGUCAACUGCCGCUGGAGCGACGACAAAAGUUGGAACGGGACGCUCAAAUCAUGAUUAUUUUACUUCCGAAGAACAUUGAGGCAGAGAAAAAACUUGCUAAAUCUAGGAAACCAGAAAGAGUGGCGCCAAAGAAACCACCAGUGCCGGAUCACUAUGUUGACAAAGCUCUUUACAUCGACUGCACGGUAGAUGAGGGUCGUUUUGCGAAAACCCAUAGCGAUCUGAAGCCGAACACGAUUGUGCUGUUAGAAAAACCUCAUGUUUCCGUUUUGCUAGAAGAAUACAGUUUGAGUCACUGUAGUAAGUGCUUCAAACGAGUUUCCGUUCCAAUUUGUUGUCCAAAAUGCUCUGAUGUAAUCUUCUGCUCCGAAAGUUGUGCAAAAGACUCGAGCUUCCAUCAGUUCGAAUGUGGCUUUCUACCAAUUCUUUGGAAAUCUGGAGCUUCGAUUACAUGUCAUAUGGCAUUGCGUAUGAUCACACAAAAACCAGAAGAGUACUUUCUCAAACUACGCUCUGAGUUGGGAGCGUUAGUGAGCGAAGAUACGGAUAAGCUAACCAACGAUGAUUACAGAAGGGUUUACAAACUGGUAACUCAUGAGGAAAAGCGUUCAGCAGAAGAUUUUUUCCAGCGAACGCUGAUGGCUAGCUUAUUGAACGCAUGUUUAACACUUGGUGGAUACUACAAAACAAAGGAUUCUGAGAGUUUCAUCGGAGGCCUCCUUUUGCACAAUCUGCAGCUACUUCAGUUUAAUGCUCACGAAAUAUCAGAACUCCAACGGGAAAACGAACGUGAUGUAGGAAAUUCGGUUUUUAUCGGAGGUGGCCUCUAUCCGACUCUAGCACUAUUUAACCAUUCAUGUGAGCCAGGUGUUACACGCUACUAUCGUGGCAAUUCUGUUUGUGUCAGAACGGUCAAAAACAUUUCGGCCGGUUCCAUGGUCGCCGAAAACUAUGGUCCGAUAUUUACCCAGGUAUCCCGAGAGGAACGCCGGAAUACGCUGCUGAAUCAGUACAAGUUUGAGUGCUGCUGUCGCGCUUGUGCGGAAAUUUGGCCCAAGUUUUCCGAUAUGGACCCUAACGUGUUGCGCUUCAAGUGCGAUGGAGGCAAAAUAUGUUCCAAUGUGCUGAAGAUUCCCGCAGAAAUCAACGAGUUUAUGGUGCUGUGUACCGAGUGUGGUGAACACACCAACAUUAUGAAGGGACUAAAAUCAUUACAGGACACCGACAUGCUGUUCAAAUCUGCCACUAAAUUGCACGAGGCAGGCGAAUACGAACAGGCACUGGCAAAGUACGUUGAAAUGUUAAACAUUAUGGACGAAGUACUGGUUCCACCAUACCGUGACUAUCAUCUGUGUCAGCAAGGCCUGCGAGCUUGCACGCUGGAGUUUGGAAACCGUUAUGUGAAAAUGACAUCUAAGAAAUAAAAUUUUUAAUCAUGUAUAUUAAAAUUGCAUACCACAGAGUUACAUAUAACAGAAUGUUCGAAUAUAAAAGUCAAACGACAGAUAACAGACGUUUAGGCUCGCUUCGAAAUGUGUGUAAAUACCCAUUACUUAAAUUCCGAAUAAAUUAGACGUCUGAAACAUGUUCCGCAAACGUAGGUAGGUGGCUCAGUAAUCAACGCAGUUGGAGUGCAGCUGUCAAACACGUGUAGCAAAUAGUGGACAUAGUAAAACGAUGAUGAUUUAUCAAUUUGAAAGUUUAUACAGGUUUUUAAGGAAAUUUUAUUCCAAAUGUCUGUUAUAUUUGAUCGAACUCAGUACCGAACUUGGUGCAGAUAUCCCAAUUACCUUCAAAUAGAGUGUUAAGUUUUUAACAAUAUCAAUUCUCGAGAUGGACGUCUGUUCUUUGUGCCCUUACAGUGAUGCGAGGCAAAGGACAAUAACGCAAGAGUCACAAGAAUCGUAAUGGUGGUAGAGAAAUUGAUUUUGUUAUUUAACUACGGUUUGAGUUCAAAAUACGUGGUUUAAAGAAAGUUUUCACAUCAAAAGUAUUGUGUCCAAUAUUCGGUCCAAUGGCAAAAUAUAUGAAUGAGUUAAAACAUUCAAAAAGUUCACGUCGUUCUUAGUGAAUAGUCAAAAACAUUUCGUAACAAAACCCUUAGGGAGCGUGUGUGUGUUAAACCCAAAUUUGUGCACAUCCCAAACUUGAUUCAUGUUGGAUUUUUGCGAUUCGGAUUCUCUUUUCGAGUUAAGAAUCACAUUUCGUAUGUUGUUGGUAAAGCAUCGGGAAGCCAGGGUUUCAUUUUCCCUACGAGAGUCGGUGUCAACUCAUCCAGCUCAAUACCCUUCCGCAUCGUAGAGAAACUGCAAGCGCCCUAUUCAUCUCAGGACGCAUCGAUUCCCCAGCUUUACUAGAGCGCGUCAACAUUCAAGCAAGGUCUAGAACGCUAUGCGAAAACGUUCAUCUGACAGUGCCUUUUCGACGAACUAAUCACACCGCUAAUGCCGCUAUCACGGAACUACAACGCCUCUUCAAUCGUGUGUCGCACUUGUCCGACUUUCAUUUGUCUGGGACCUUAUUAAGGAAUCGAUUUCUGCAGUUUUUUAGAUGUAAUUAAUUUAGGGGGCCUUCUAUUCUCAUGGUUUCAAAAA